AUGGCGGAUCCCUCACAGUUCCCUCCUGGCUAUCUGGAAGCGGAUCGCAGCCGGCCAGCGUACAUUGGGAUCAUAUUCUCCACGUCGCUGUCCCUUGUUGUUGUUCUUGUGCGUCUCUAUGCUCGCAAGUUCUUGGUUCGAGAGAUAGGAUGGGAUGACUACUUUAUCGUGAUGGCGCAGCUAGUGUCCUGGGCGACUAUGAGCCUGUGUAUGAUGAUUCUGCAUUACGGCUCUGGUCGCCAUCUAGCAGCGCUGAUGCUCGAAUCCCCAGAGGACCUGGUCCACAUGUACAAAUGGCUCUUCACGACUCAGAUGGUGUACAUGUUCAACCUGUGGCUCUGUCGUGUCUCAGGGCUGGCCUUUUAUGCACGCAUUAACCCUAUGCCGCAGUUCAUCCUCUACCUCAGACUCUCCUUUGCGUUUAUUACGUCGGUAUAUGUUGCGCAGACACUCAUCAUUGCGCUGCAGUGCAUCCCUCUCCAGGCGAUGUGGGAUCAGACUGUAAAGGGGAAAUGCAUGGGAUCUGGCAUCGUCUUCAUCUCAACGGGCGCUCUGACGAUUGCCUGCGACUCGCUGAUCCUGCUCCUCCCUAUCAAAAUCGUUAUGACUCUCCAAGCAAGCAUCACGCGGAAGAUUGCACUGCUCGGUAUCUUGUGCUUUGGAGUUUUAACCUCCGUCUUCCGCAUGAUCUCCAUGAUCGUCUCUGUCGAAAACGAAGCCGACGCAACCUGGUACUUCUCGCCCGUCAUCGCCUGGACCUGCGCCGAGAUCAGCGCCGCCAUCAUCGCCCUCUCGCUACCCGCCCUGCGCACCAUCUUCGGCUUCCUCAAGGAGAAGCGCACAACCCGAGACCAGAGCUACUCGCACGGCUCCGAGUCCAUUGGACUGGAGUCAUCGGGCCGGCGCACAAACAAGGGCCGCAUCUUCCACGGCUCCGGUGUUUUUGAGAAUACAGCCGAGGUGGAUGCUGCGAGGAGUCCUAGCCAGGAGGUUCUCUGGGAUGGAAGAUAUGAUCGGAAAAUACGUGUUACGGAUACGGUUGAGGUGAAGUGA